AUGGUGCCGACAGGCGAGUAUGGUACGACUGGGUAUCGGAUGGCCCCUCGCAUCAACCUGCGUAGAAGCGAGGCGCGCCUGAUGGCCCGGGCCAACGAUGACGAGGCCAAGCCGUAUUCCUUCAGCAACAUGAAGGUACCUAUUAUUAUUGCGGUAGUUGUUCCCAUCGUGAUUGGCAUCUGCGUUUUCUUCUACCUACACCGAAAAAACGUCAAGAGACAAAGGGCAGAAGACGCAAAUGACCCUACCAGAGGUCUCGACUUUGGCCUAGAUGGCGAACCUACUCCCCUUGGGGGGAAGAAGAAGAAGCCUCGCCGGAGUAUUCUCCUUGGUGGAGGAGCAGAGAAAUCGAUGCACAAGACAAACCAGCUUUCCAUGGAUAUGAACCUUGACUCACCUUACCUCCUUCCGCCUCAACAGCAUGGUUCCCAGGACUCAGUUCACACAUUGACACGGAAUUAUCCCAUCGAAUAUGAUCCUUACCGGAUGGUCAAUAGCGAGUGCGGCGGCAGUAUCAGGUCUUUCAACAAGGAAGGAUCCAUUCAUGGAAGUAAGCGUGCCUCCGUCCUUACUGGCCGAUCGGUCAAAGGAGCCACUCGGCAAGGGUCAUUUCCCCGAACUCCAUUGUCGCCUGGAGAUGCUUCUCCCGUGGAGAAGGAUCCAUUCGCAACGCCUCCAGCAGCUCCUGAACCUACGCAUCAAGGGCGCGCCACACCACAGCUCCAAGAACCCAUCGUACCCGUCAAGCCAGUUGUGCCCGAAAUUGGAACGAUCCCCUACCCUGAUGAGAAGGAACAGGGAGACCCGCAUCGCAUUCCCAGCAUCCAAAUGCCUCCGUCAACUGUUGCGAGGAGUCCCGAAGAUCGUAUCGCCAGCCCGCCACACAACUCCCUACAAUUCGAUCUAGCUGGUCCCGCCCAGCCCAACGCAAUUGGCGUUGCGCAUACUGGGGACAGCUCUGUGCCGACAAACCACGGGCUGGGUCUUAACCUGGACCUACCUCAGCCACUGUCACCCGUCAAGGAUGAGCUGCAUAUGUCCGGCGCUGAUGGCAACGCAGCCCCCGGACAGGCGAUGACGCGCGAUAGUCAAAUGUCAAAGAGUGACUAUGGCGAUCACACCCAGCCCAACACACAGACCGGCGAAUACUAUGACGACUACGAGGACUUUGGUCGCGGCCGCGCACGCGUCUCUCGAAUGGACCUCGAGGAGCAGCAGCAACAGGCCGGUCUCGGUGUUCCCCAGCAAGAUAACAAACGCCUGUCCGUUGGAUUCCGACCUCUGCCACCCGAUGACGCGCUGGAGUCCGAGGACCCUGAGUACAGAGCGAACCGUAUUCGUUCAUUCUAUAGGGAGUACUUUGACGACUCUGCUCCUGCGCCCCCCAUGCCCAAUGUCCCUGCCGAGUACAAUGGAGGAGGAGCAGGAGCAGGAGGAGGUGCUCAGUACUAUGAGGACUAUGACGACCAAUACAUGGGUGAGGCCGCCUACUACGACCCCGACAGCAACGCCUUUGUGAUGCCUUACGCGCAGCCCGUGCAGCGUCGCGCCAUGACACCCCCCCCAAGCAACCGACGCGGGCCUCCUGGACCUGGACCCCGUGGCCCGCCCGGCCCUGGGCGUCAUGGUCCCCGACCCCAUGGACCUCACGGGUCUGUUGGUGGCAUGAGCAUGCAAGGCGGUCGUCCGCGGGCAGGCUCUGCUGCUUGGGGCUCUCGGGCUCCAUCCUCGCUUGGCCCGCGCCCCGACUCCUCUGCCUCCGCCCGUGGUGGCCGGCCGCCGAAGAAGAACCUGCCGCCUCCAUCGGCACUCAGUACCCUUCCGACCCCGUCGAAGCUGAGGGAUGACAACUUUGCCAUCUUCAAUGCCGCUGAUUUCGCGCCUCCAGAGUCAUUCCAGUCGAGAGCGCGUGGCCGAUCCCAGAGCCCGCUCGGCGAGAGGAGAGAGUACUCGCCAUCCGUCGCUGCGGCCUCUCCGCUGGUGAGCUCGUACGACGAGCUUGCGGCCAUGCCCAGCCCGCACAUGCUCCGAAAGUCGACGACAUUUACCAGUCUGGACUUUUUGCCGCCCAAGAAGUUUAAGGACAACGACAACCAGAGUGACGCGGGCAGCAUCAGGAGCAACCGCAGUGGCAUGUCCUCGACGGCCAUGUCCGCCAUCCGGUCGGGCGCAGGUCGUGUGAGCCGACUGCCUGGCGACACGGUGUUCACACAGCAAGCACUGGCGGGCGAGCUCAAGCCCCAAUGGGGCAUGCGGCCAUGA